AUGGAUGAGCUGGGGCUGCUGAUGGAUGUUCCCAUCUCCCAGGCCGGUUCCAGUCGCAGGGAUGAGCCCAACCUCCUCGUCCCACGUGUGGGCCGGGCCGGGCCGGCCAUGGCUGAGGAACACCCGAAUAUCGGCACACCGGAUCGCAGCGCCGGGCUGGGCAUGGCUGAGGGUAGCCCCAAAUCCGGAGCAGCCCCAACGCAGGAUUCCGGCGCCGGGCUGGGCAUGGCUGAGGGGAGCCGCAGCGGCGACCCCCAGGAUAUCUCCCAUGUGCUGGCUAGUGCCUUUAAGGAUCUGUACACUGGAGAUGUUUUUGAAGUGGACAUGGCAACAAACUGGAUUGAGUCCCAAGGAGGAGACAGUGUUUAUCAAGACAGUUACACGGAUGAGCUAGAGAAGCUUCUGGCUGAGUACAAGAGCCGACUGGCAGAAGCUGACAAAGCAGAAAAGGAGAUCAUUCGGGCCCAGGCCCAAGCAAAACGUGAAGAGGCAAGGGUUCUAAAGCAGAUGAAGAUUCAUGCAGGGAAAGAUUUCCAUAAACUGGGGCUGCCUCCAGUGGCAUCCUCUUUUCGGUGGAUUGUGGACAAUGAACUUCUCAGAAAAAAUAAUUUACUCUGUCCUGAGGAUUACAUCACUGAGAUAUUACCUCUUGCUAAAGCACCAAAAGGAGAAUCAGAACCUGGAUACCUGAAAGGGGCACGUAAACAACGUGCUUUUUCACUGGAUGAGAGUGUCUACUUAUCUGACAGUGUGACAAGCGUGUCUUCAGCUGUGUCCUCUGUCCAAGACUCCAGCCUUGAGGCUAAAACCAUCCGUAAGAAAACUAAAGCCUCACAGAAACGUGCCUGGAGAGCAGAGGAAUUAAGUGACUACCUUUCCAGACUUGAGAAAAGACAGAAUUACUUGAAGAAUCCAUGCUUUUUCCCACCAAAUACUCUGGAUGGAGGCAGAUCUCUUGUAAUUUCUCAAGAAAAAGUGGAAGAAAUCAUAGCCAGAAGAAAAGCAGAAGAUACCAAAGGUGAUACCUCAUUUGUUCCUGUGUUUCUUGCCAGUCCACCUUCUGUCCUGUUUUUCUAUCAUAAACUUGGGAAGGUUCAUAAGAAGACUGUAGAGCUACGGAACAUCACUUCAACACGUCAACAUGUAAGACUUAUCCCUCCCUCUUCUUCAGUAUUUUCCAUUCAGCCAGGAAAAUAUCCAGGAAAGGGAGGAAUGAUUGCUCCUGGGAUGGCAUGCCAGUAUACAGUCCGGUUUAUUCCUAAAUAUCUGGGAGAGUAUGAAGAUCAUAUAUUGGUGGAGAGUCAAGUAUCAGAAUCCUUUGUCAUCCCAAUCCAAGCUAAAGUAUCACUUCCAGUAUUAACAUUGCCUGACUUCAUAAACUGUGGUUCCUGCCUUGUUGGAGGAAUAAAAACAAAAGCAGUUUUGUGCAGAAAUGAGGGAGCUAGGACUGGGAAGUUCUGUAUAAUGCCAGGGAAAGCCUGGCCAGCUCCUGAUUCUGGGGAGGCUGCCACUGCUGAUUUUGUGGUUCAGGAUCCAUUUGGGAUCCAGCCUGCUGUUUUGGAGCUAGCUCCAGGGCAGAAUGCAACAGUACAGGUAGUGUUUUUCCCUUCUUUGCCAGGAGCCUCACAGCAAACAUUCACCAUUUUAUGUGACAAUUAUCCAGUCAAAUAUGUUACAGUCACAGGGCUUGGAGAGGUGGUUGCUCUGGAGCUUUUGUUUGUCACAGGUGGAGAAAGCAAAGCUCAGCUGGGUGAAGUCACUGAUGCAACAGCACAGCACCUCAUACGCUUCGAGCCCCAAAACCCCCAGAGCACUAAGGAGAAGAUCCUGGUUUUAAGGAACUCCACCAAUCUAGAACUUCCCUUCUUCUGGCAGAUAACAAAGCCUAUUCUGAAACCAUUAAUACCAGAAGAAACUGCAGACUUUACGGAGGUCAAAAACAAUCAAGACCCAGAGUCAGCCUUCUCCCUAAAUCCUAAGGAGGGAGUUUUGCUUCCCUAUGCAGAUCAUGAGUUUAUUCUCACUUACGCUCCACAGGAGCUGAAGAGUUAUCACAAUGUGCUUCAGAUGGUAGUGAGGGACACCCCAGAAUCACCUUGUUUAAUAGAAGAGAGCAUGCUUCAAAACAUCCCAGAAUGCAGAGUAGAGGAUGUAAUAGCACUGAAAAUAGAAGUUAAAGGCUCAACAGAACCAUAUAAUCUUCUUCUGGAACCAUAUGCCAUUAUUAUCCCUGGAGAAAAUUUCAUUGGUGUAAAUGUCAAGAAAAAAUUUAAGCUGUGGAACAACAGCGAAACAUUGAUCAAGUACACCUGGGAGAAAAUCACAGACUGUGAGAUCAUUGAAGUUGAACCUCGUACUGGUGUCAUAGAUGUGAAUAAAUGCUGUGAAUUUGUACUGGCAAUGUGUGGGAGCAAACCUGGGGUCAUCAGCCGUAACCUGCAGUGUCACGUUGAGCCGUGUCCAGAGCCAGUUAUGCUGCAUGUUGAGGCUGCUUUUAAGGGUCCAUUUCUUUGUAUUGAUGUUCCAUCACUCCGGUUUGGUUUGACUAAGCAGGGUGAGACUGUGUCAAGAACCUUUGAGAUUAAUAAUCUCUCUCAGGUGCCAGCACACUGGAGAAUGCAAGAAAGCCAGGUUUUUCUAGCUCAAAGGAAUGAAGAGGUAUCCACCUUCACCAUCCAGCCAUCAGCUGGAGAAAUUCCUCCUUUGGGUCGAUGCAGAGUUUCAGUUCACUUCACACCACUGCAGUGCCAGCGUCUCCAGACAGUGCUGGAACUGGAGGUAGAAAAUGGAGAAGGAAGUCAUCUUCCUGUUUUUGUUGAAGUUCAGACCCCCCGAGUGUGCCUGAUAUCUAGUCAUCUAGUAUUUACUGAAAUUUAUACUGGAGUUCCUGUCAAAGCUACCAAUAAGCUUUUUAACCAGACACUGCUGCCAGCAAAAUACUUAUGGGGAAAGCCCGUUGGAAGCCAGGCAGCCUCCUGCUCCAUCGUGGUGUCCCCUGCCAGUGGCACUUUAGGCCCAAAUGAAGAGAAGGAAUUCUGCAUAGAGCUGUCAGCUAACACUGUGGGUGAGCUGAAAGACCUCACACUUUCCUGUAGCAUAGAAGACAUGGCUGAACCCCUCUUCCUGAGCAUUUCUGGAGAAGUGAAGGGACUACAUGUCACAUACUCAGUACCUUCUGGCAGUGGAAUUGACAGUGAUGAAGGACAAAUGCCACAAAGCCCAUGUGAACUUCUUUUGGACUUUGGGUCUGAAGUUGCAGUCAAAGAUGUUGUAAAGCAUCAGCUGAUUCUUACAAAUCUCACUGCAAUCAGUGCUCCAUUCACACUGGAAGCUGAGUAUUUUAGUGCCUGUUUGGUGCCUCCAGAAAAAGGAACCUGCCCCUACCUGGUGAAAAAAAGGGGGCCUGUCACAGAGCAUGCAGCCAGAAAAGUAAAGUCAGAGUUUGCAGCAGUGUUGCUGUCUCAGGGGAAGGGAGCAGCUUUCUAUAUCCAACCUUCCACAGGAACUCUGGAAGCUUUCCAGCAGCUCACCAUAGAAAUAGCAGCUUACAACAACAUGUGGGGAGAGUACCAGGAUAACCUUGUCUGUAAGGUUGGACACUUACAACCGAAAUUAAUUCCUAUGCAAAUGACUGUGAAAGGCUGUCCAAUCUUCCUGCAGGUGACAGGACCAAAACCAGAGCCACCCAUUAUCAGGUUUGGCACUCAGGUCUCAGGAGGGUCUCCUGUGCUACGGAGGGUCCAGCUCAACAAUCCCACUCCCUUUGACAUCCGCCUGGACUUGGAAGUUUACAACCAAGAGCCAGAUGAUGAAAAGCUAGUGGACCUGUUGGUGCUCUUUGGAGACCCUUUUCCUCCUGUGGACGUGGCUGGAAAUGAGGCUGCGUCAAGUGGUAGCACCUCAGAGUCAGAGGUGGUGUUAAAGCUGGAUCCAGCUGCCAUUCCCUGUGGGAGCAUUUAUCCAGCUCUGGAAACCACAGAUGAGCCUCCAGGUUCUGACAGCAAAGAGAUGGAAAUCAGCAGCCACGAGUCUGCAGGACAGAAAAAUAUCUCUGUACUCAUCCGACCUCAUGAGGGGGUGCCUGCAGACAGCCCCUACUCCAUUGCUCCAAGGCAGAUAGUGGUUCCAGGAGGUGGCAGCAGCGACGUUUACAUCUCCUUCACCCCGCUCGUCCUCCCGGACACCGAGGCUGAGCUGUGUUGUGACGGGCUGGUGCUGGGCUUCAUGAGCCUGGACGACAAGCUGGCGAGGAGGGUGCCCAGCAAGGUGCAGCGCAGCCACGGCUAUGAAGCUCCGCCGCUGCGAGUGCACGUGGAGGCCAUCCUGAGGCAUCCCCUGUUGGAAGUGGAGAUGGAUCACAACAGAGGAAUGGUGUUUCAUUCAGUGGCGAGUGAUCUCCUGCCUGCCAAGCCUUUCUUUGGAGUUCUGACAGAUGCAGUAAUUACUCAGAGUUUGAAACUCAUGAAUUGUACCAAGGUUCGGCUGUACUUCAGGCUCUUUCUGUCUACGCCCUCUAUGCCCUUCAGCCUCUCCAGCACAGAUCUCAAAAAGAGCACUGAAACAUCCCACAGCAAGAAGGAGGAAAGGGAACAGCAACUGCAACAUGUACUUUAUCCACAGCAAAACAUGCUGGUGCAAGUGUCAUUCCAUACAAAUCUGGAGUUACUCAGGUAUCAGCAUUUGCCAGAGACCCAGCUGCUUCCUGGAUGCCAAGUGCUCCAGCUGGAGAGUGGAGAGAGAAAGCUGAAGUUUAAUCAAAAUCUGGUCAUUGAGCACAGUAACUGCACUACCCAGCUGGUCCCAGUUACUGCCUACCUCACUGUUCCAGUCCUGGAGCUCUCCUGUGACAGGGUUGAUUUCCAGACCUGCUUCGUUGCACAGACCAAGACAGAACAUGUCUUCCUUUAUAACAGGAGUGGCUGCAGAAGCUACUGGACUGCUUUGCUGGAUGAACAGAAAAGCCCUAAGGCCGUGCAAGUGUUUUCCAUCUUCCCAGCUAAAGGCAUUUUGGAGGCACGUGAAGGGGAGGCACCUACCAGAGAGAUUCUGCAGAUCAGCUUUGCUGCAAGGAGCAACACUGACUAUGAAGCUGUUGUGACCAUUUCUGGAAUGCUGGAAGAGAAGCCUUGCAAACUGCACCUCAGAGGGAGAGGAGUGCACAGUGGGAAGGGGCAUUAAACAGGACAGUGUGGGACUAAUGUCAAGGUAACAGCUUGGAUGCAGAUGUGGCAGCAGCUGAGCCUGUAUUUUCAUCUACUUCUGUGUUUAGUGGGGACUGGAAUUUUAGCAGAAUGAAAAUUUAGGUUAUGAGGAAAGAAAUUCUCGUGGUACCUUAAACAGACGUAACCACACUCUGUACUGUUACUUCUGUUGCUGUGGUAAGCAUAGCUUUGGGCACAGAACAAGGUUUUAAAUUGCAAAGCAGCUGUGUAAGUCAGGCCAAAGCCCUCUGCAGAGCCCAGCAUGCCUUGAAUCACAGCUAAAGACUAUUCAUUCCUUAAAGUAGUUUUUGUUUUGCCUCAUUUAUUUGUUUGACAUUAAAAUGGACAUUGACAUAUAAUAAAACAAGAAUUGGUGAACAGGCCAGCAUUUCCCAGGCUGUUUUCUCAGUGCCUUACAUGAAAAGGGGAAGAGAGAACUUUCCCUGGUCUCCUUGGAAAAUUACCAACCUGUGUGUUUCAUCAUGCUUGGGCCUUGGGAACAUCCCCUUCAGCAACAGAGGGAGGAACCCUUCUUCCUUUUCAUUCUUUCCCCGCACAUGGUUCCCAUUUACCUCACUUCUCUUUAAACUAUUUUGGUAUUAUUUUAGCUAAAGGUCACUGGAAUUCCCACUUCUGAGUCUGUUAAAUUUUCCACUUCCAUUAAAUAAAAGGCUUUUAUAAAUGGCUCAUUAUCCCCUCUAAAUAAUUCAAUUUUUUUGGCUCUAAGGGUCUGUGUGAUUGCUGGGUGAGACAGGUUUCAGCAUGGGAUUGUGAAAAUAUCAGAGAGCUCUAACUCAUCAUGACCUUCACCUAAAAAUCAU